AUGCCUCCACGCGACAUAAGCUCCGAGGCUUUUGUCAACAGCAUAACAGGAAAGGUCAGCUGUAAAACUUGCCGGGAAGCUUAUCCUCACAACGAUAUUACAUGGACAACCCGCACCAAUUUUACUGGAGCUCAUCAAAAGUCAAGAAUCCACUCUCAAGCAAUAGAAGAACUGAAGCGGCGCCGCUUAGUUGAUAUAGAGCAAAGUAGAAACCUUACACAAUUAUUCUCAUCCAGUUCAGUUGCAUUGAAAAACUCAAUAAUUAAGCCUCCACACCAUUCUUCUCCAUCAGCAUCAGUCGAUAUCAAUGGUCUUGGUCCAGAUGAUAUGUGCAUGUCAUCAGAGGACAUUGAACAUUAUUUUUCUGCCCCCAGCGUAGUAACAGAGGAAGUUCAAGAUGAACUUCUUGCCAAGGAGUUGGCAGCAUUGCGCAUGUCUACACUGGAGGAGGUGUAUCUGGAUAGUUCCAAUGAUGCAACAGUUCCAUCUGUGAUAAAUGAGUUUCAAUCUAUAGGUAUAUAA